AUGCGGCCUGUGCGGUAUAAGAAACCAGUCGAUUAUUCACAGUUUGAAGACUCUGACAGUGAUGGUGACUUUGUUUCAACUGCACCUUUGAACAAGAAAUCUAGAACAGACCCAAAGGAGUUAAAACAAAAAAACCCAGAACCUAAAUUGAAGAAUCUCCAAAAAGAAGACAUUCCUCUGGAAGAGAAAACCCCUAAAAAAAGACUCUUUGAGGGCAUCUUUAGUGUCCCAACUAGUAUAGUGCCUUUACACAGUAAGAUGGCGUUAGAUGACAAGCUCUACCAAAGAGACUUAGAAGUUGCACUAGCUUUAUCAGUGAAAGAAACUCCAACAGUCACCAUUGCUGUGCCCGAGUCAGAGUCGCAAGAUAAAAGCAUCAGAAAAUAUGACAAUAGUGAAACAGAAGCAAUGGCUAAGUCUCCUCACAUCUCCAAUUGUAGUGUUGCCAGUGAUUAUUUAGAUUUGGAUAAGAUUACUGAGGAGGAUUUUCAUGAUGUUCAAGGGAAAAGAAAAGCAGCAUCUAAAGCUGUAAUACAACAAAGGAAGAUUCUUUUGGAAGGCAGUGAUGGUGAUAGUGUCAAUAACUCCGAAUCAGACCUUGAAACUAGUAAAGAUUCUGAGGAUGAAUCUGAUUUUGGUGAGAGUGAAGAUAAUGAUGAAGAGUUCACUGUGAGAAAAAGUAAAGUUAAAGAAAUUAAAAGGAAAGAAGUGAAGGUAAAACCCCCAGUAGAAAAGAAAGAGAAGAAGCCUAAAUCCAUAUGUAAUUCUUUGGUCUUUGAGACCUCUUUUGCCAGUAUUUAG